CCGUCCAAUUCCAUCCAGUAGUCCCUUCCUCACCGUCGGAUCUGCCCUUUACCCUCUCGGCUUCUUCUCUUUUAAAAUCUCUCCGCCUCUCGCACAACUCUCCAUACCGCAUCAUCACAUUUUUCUCUCCUUCCUUUUUUUAAAAGCGCCAACAACCGUUUCUUCUCCCUCCGAUCUCGUCACUUUCAUGGCUUCCCAAUCGGCUUACGAGCAAUCUAACCCCUCGAUCCCAGACUAUCCUCAGAUGAUCAUGAAGGCGAUUGAGGAGGGAAAUGACAGGGAAGGCUUGACCAAAGACGACAUUUCGAGGCACAUAGAAGCCGCUCAUGAAGGCCCUCUUCCUUCGGCCCACGGCACACUGCUCAUCCACUGCUUGGAAAAGAUGAAGCAGAGAGGUCAGCUCCUUUUGGUAAGGAACAACUACAUGAAGCCUGACCCCAACGCCCCGCAGCACCGUGGUCGGGGACGUCCCCCGAAGCCUAAGGCUCCGCUUCCUCCCGGAUAUGUCCCGCCUGUGCCCCGCUCCCGUGGCCGCCCUCCCAAGCCGCGCGAUCCGCUCGCCCCGGAGAUUCCUCCAAUGAAAGUCUCUGCUUCCGUAGGCACCGGACGGAAACGGGGAAGACCGCCGAAGUCCGCCACUGCGGUGGCAGCACCGCGUCCUGCGAAUAACGGUCCUCCGAGAGGGAGAGGCAGGCCGCCGAAGGUGAGACCGGCCAUGGCUCCCACAGUUGGAGCAUAAUUAUUUGGCUGAAAUAAAUGUUGCUUUCGUGUCUAUUGCUAAUUAUUUGAUCCCUCUUUUUUUAUUUCUAAUGAAAAAAUCUGCUGGAUUUUGCCUGGAGUCUUGUAGUUUUGUUUAAUUUAGUUUUACCACUUUAUUUUCUUAGGGGCUGUUUGGCAAUUUCUGAAUGGGUAAGUGCUGAACCAGUAAGAGGUCUGAAUCAUUAAGUGCUGAACCAGUAAGAGGUCUGAAUCAUUAAGUGCUGAACCAGUAAGAGGUCUGAACCAUUAAGAGCUAGUAUAUUGCUUAACUAUUUAGAGGCAAAUGUCUGAUCAAUUCAGAUAACAGCUCUUAACCAUUCAGACUUUGUAUAAUAUUUAACCAUUCAGAGGCAAAUCUCUUAACCAUUCAGACAUCUGAACCAUUAAGAGGCUGAAACAAACAGUUUGAACCAUUAAGUGCUGAAUCAUUCAGACAUCUGAACUAUUAAGAGACUGAAACAAACAGCUCCUUAAUGUUUAAGAGGUUGGGAUUGUAAGUAGGCACCAGUGUAAAUGUUUGUAUGCGGCAAAACUGAGUACUAGGCUUUUCAUAGGCCGGUGUUGAUAACUUGUCUGGUGUGCGCGCGCUUGUUUCCUAGCGCUUUUAUAGGCCCUUUGAUUGCAAGUGUUAUCCAUC